GUAAUGACUAUACGUAUUUGGAGUAUAAAACUUUCUCAUUGUUAUAUUAAGCUGUGAAUUAUAAUCAUCAAAAGUAUUUAUUUGACGUACGUGGUUAUGCGUAUUUUGUCGCUGCUGAUUGUCUUACAAAUUUAAUUCUGUUAAAAAUAUUUCCCAGACCCAACAAACAAAAUGUCGCGUUGAAGCUUAUGAGGGAUUAAACUAACUUCUAAGUAGUUCCAGUGGUGGCUUAGUUACUGGUACGUAUUUAUAUCGAAAUGUUGAGGAGAUUUCAUUCGAAACCAAUCGUGCCAUCACUGCCAUGAUAAUUUUUGUCGAUAUGUUGUGGCGGAAAUACUAUUGACCCCCAUUGUGUCAUUUGUGUAUAUAAAAGAAUAUUUUCUAAAGCACUCGUGCGACACUUGUGAGUAUUGCUUGUUGAGUGUCUGACCUUAGGAGUUGAGAAAUCUUGAUUUAUAUUAUUUUAUAUAACUUUCUAUUUCAGUCUUGAAGGUCUUGAUAUCUCAGGUAUGAGCGGCAAAAAGAUUUGGGCAGUCUUGAAAAAGACUGUCUCAAUCAAGUCUGAAGAAACACGAAAACAAGAGGUUGAAUCUCUGGCUGAAGCCGACCCAGAACUUUGUAUUCGUCUCAUAACAAAACCUACCGUACAAAAUUAUGCUGGGAUUAAAUCAAGAAUAAAAAAGAGCGCAGCAGAAUGGAUGGAGGAAUUCCUAAAGCUCGGGGGACUAGAGGCAUUGUUUCUAUCGUUAGAAAGACUGAGUGAUAAAAGUGUCUGUAGUUUCGUUGAUGCAUUUAUUCAGUUGGAAGCUGUUCAGUGCAUUAAAGCCGUGAUGAAUUCGAAAGCCGGUCUCGAAUAUAUGAUCGACAGUCAAAACUUUACCAGAGAGUUGACGACAGGUAAGUUAUACCUUGUUGGUUUUUGAAAUUGACUUUUUAUUAUUCUAUCGUUGGCGUGAAUGUUGGAUUAACAAUUACAUUAAAUAGUUAAGAUAUGCAUGCAGUCAAACCAGACAAUUAACACUAACCUAUUUUCAAUUUGUUAAUUAGCAAUGUUUGUGUUUGAAAUUUUCGAGUUAUUCAUCCCUAUUCUACUAGCAAUUGAACUCCACAUGAGCACUAAUCAUAGACAUGUGAAGUUUAGAGUUACCACCCUGGGAACUGCUGAGUGUUAGUAAACAUUGAACAAAGUACACGAGACUCGAGGUUGCGUGUUCACAUAUUUUAGUGAUUUGCGUGAUUUUCGUUUGGUACUAUUGCUUUUGGCUUUACCUACAUGAUCAAGGUUCAAUGUUUGCAUAUACCUACAUGUAUGUACAGACGAAACCGAAAGUAUAUAAAUCCAAAUGUAUUAUUAAAGUCGAUGAAACAAUAUCGUGAUGGCGCUUGUGCAGUGAUUUAAAUCAAAUAUUGAAAUUCUAUUUUGAAAGGGUAAUAGCAUUUGAAUCACAAUAUCUUGAAAUUAGUAGCUAGUUGUUCAAAUUCGUGGUGUAUAACAUUGUUUAUUAGAGAGUUUAAGAUCUACGACGCGUCUGAAUUACUGCUCAAGAAUGAGCGCAGUGUAAUAAAUGUUUGAAGCGUUUUCAAUUUCAAAUAACCUUUCAAACGGCUAAAAGUAAAAAGCGAUGCAAUUAUAUGUUUGCUGUAAUUUCGACUUUAAGUAACACCUCUUGGCCUUGGGUCGCAAUAAGCUUUCACGUUGCUUAAAAGACAUGUUGAUAUUAAAAUGUUUAGUUUAAUGUUGUGCGGUUGUGUUGGGAAUGACAAAGCCACUGAGACCACAAAUUAUUCGCAGUUUUUGUCUCGCAUGACAAAUCUCGUUGUUUCGAAAGCGCGUCAGCUGGCCGCGUCGUAGAUCACAAACCCUCUAUUAGCAGUCAUGACGCGUUGAAUUGAUUGUUUCUGAUUGUUCUCUGUAUUGUUUUAGAACCAAGAGUUAUUUUGCCAUAAUACCUUAAAGUAGCUAUAAGAUUAUUAAUUGACGGGGGGUCAGUUUCGUUUAACCCCAUAAUGUGUUUAUCUUGACAGAGCAAGCAGGAGGUAUUUCAAAACUAAAGCAUUCUUUAUACUGAGUUUAGUAAUUAUAAUAAAUGCACGUCAAGCAAAUAAUAAAGAAUGAGGAUAUUAUCAGGGACGCCGGAACUGGGGGGGCAAGGGGGGCGGCUGCCCCCCUUGCCUUUUGCUAGGGGGGGCAGGGGGGGCAGAAGUGCCCUUUUAGUUGUAAAAUAAUACGUGAUAAAUCACAUUUCCAACGAUGCUUUUUGUAGGAAAAUCACGAGAUUCAGGUAAUUUAUAGUUUAUAAUUAUAAAAAUUUUGGGAAAUUUUUGGAAUUUAGAAAAAUAUUUUGAAGAAAUGGCGAAAAUUUAAGAUAUCCGGAAAAAUUUUUGGCUUCACGGAAAAUUUUUGUAUGUCCGGAAAAAAUUUUUGACCCCUAAAAUGGUACACUGACCGAAAUUUUUUUGGCAACGUGCCCUUGGUGUGCGUCCGCCCCCCUUUGCCCUAUUAUCGUUCCGGCGUCCCUGGAUAUUAUAUCUAAAUUUGGAUCAAUUUUCACCAAACACGUUGUUGAUCGUCAAGACAAAGAUUAGCCUUUGGUAAUCGAGAUAAAGAAACUAUAUACAGAGAUUAACCAAACGUACAUGAACUUUUAGCACAUUCAACCACUUCUAAGUUUAUCAAGCACUCAGUUUAUCACUAGUCGCAAAGUGGAGGAAUCCAUUUUUCAAAUGCAUAAUUCCAAUGUACGUAAUUUGACGGAAUUACAACAGUGAAAGUGAAAAGACUAAAAUCUAAAUAAUGACAAUGUUUGCCUCUUGGCCCUGUGUUUCAACAUGUUAUUUCUUUUUAUCAAUGACUAUAGAGUCUAUACUGUCUAUAUAUAGUAUGGAAACAAAUGCGAAGACCCGAGGUGAAGGCGAAAAUGUUCGAAUACUCAGUACAGGCAAUCAGGGGCACACAUUCAACAAAUUGCUGGGGGGGGGCGAUCUGGGACCGACUUUCCUUUUCUGCAACAGACAAUUGUGGGUAUACGAUUGCACAGAAAUAUGCAAAUGCGUGGGUUGUAAGUUCAUGGGUUGUAUUGAUAUAUGGUAUUAGCGAGCUUAAGCAUGCAGGACGGCAACACGACGACGACGGCCAAAACAAAUUCCUUCAAAUAAAUGAGAGUAAAGAAAACUUGUCGUAUAUUAUAAUUCGUAUGAAUUUAAUACAGUAUAAGAAGUUGAAAACAUUGGCUUUAUGUUUGGGAAGAGUUCUACUGACCGAAUUUUAAGUUGCACUUGUUACGCCUUGAAAUGCAGGCGUUGUAUAAAGGACGUGAAAAUCGUUGAUUUGCCGUUGUAAACAGAACACGACCACGUCUGAAACUCCCCUGGGACUUUAGUUAUUUAUUUCUUUCCAUUGACUCAUUGUAUUGGUUGCCGUCGUCGUCGUGUUGCCGUCCUACGACCUACAUGCUUAAGCUCCCUAAUGACAUAUUGCCAACGUACUCUGCUCUUGUCGGUUCACAUUUAUUGACAGGAUUGAAUAACUCGGACUUACAGCAGUAAAUCGGGACCGACUCUCGACACACUCUCAUGCAAGAAAACUCGCACCGACUUUUUGUGAUUUUCGAACGCUGACGGGGGGGGGGGGGGCUAAAUAAACGCCCCAAACUCAUGUCCGCUCCUCAGCAAUACACCUUUCACGCUUUUACUUUCAGGCAAAUAAAAAAUCCAGGAGAUGGAAUAACUAUUUGACAAUUCGACUAAAAACAUUGCCAUAUUUUCACUGUAUAUAUGCCUUCAGGCAAGUACGUGCCUUAAUAGGUAAUCGGAGAAGUGUUUUUAUUUCUUUGACAAAAUUUCCCAUAAAAGAAUAUUUGUUGACAGAACCUGAGUCAAUAAACGUGACCGAUAAUCUUGCAAGUCUCCGCUUCCGGUGAAUUAAAUAUUUGAUAUUGAAUUUGAAAUUAAAAAUUCACAGAUAUUAACAAAAAGACUUUUUGUAUUGUAUUGAUGUUUGAUAGUUUUGUAUUUGCGGUCUUUUCAGGGCAGGGGGGGGGGAGUAGAGUUUAGCACCUGGUAAACAUGGUAUUCAGAUAAUAAACCACCAACCGACGUAUAUCAACCAAAUGUAAACAUUACUGCUAUAUAAAUUAAACCUUGCCGUGCCAAACAGUCUGUGGCCGGUUGUUGAAAGGUGGAUUAGCGCUAACCCAGGGUUAAAAUUUAACCCGCUGUUUUAGUUUGCAUAUUUCUACAUGCCCAUUUAUUUCAAAAUGUCAGAAAAGAAAACUCCUAUUGUUCCAGACAUGAUUUGUGAAGAAAUAUUUCCAAAUUUAGAAAAAAGCUGUUAGGAAGUGUACUUUUAAUUUUAAGUUCACCUAGGAUUAAGCUAAUCGGCUUUUGAACAACCGGCCCCUGCAUAUUUACUGCUGCCCACCCAGUGUGACGUCGUGUCCGUUGUCAUGACCCUGUAAAUCAUUGUUUUUGUUCAAAAUCACUGACUUCGCCAAAAAUUCCGCGAAGGUCACAAAAUAUAUUCACCAAUUCUAGAAAUAACUUAAACAGUCAAUAUCUGUAUAAUUCCCUGAUCAUAUUUAAAAAGGUUGUCCUUCCAAACUCUAAACCUUAGGCUUAGACCUUUUAAGGUCUAUUGAAGCUUUUUUAAAUAUGAUCAGGGAAUUAUACAGAUAUCGACUAUUUAGGUUAUUUCUAGAAUUCGUUUUAUAUAUUUUGUGACUUUCGUGGAACUUUUGGCGAAGUCAGUGAUUUUGAACAAGAACAAUGAUUUACAGGGAGAGUCAUGACAACGGACAUGACAUCACACUGGGUGGGCAGCAGUAAAUCUACAGACUGUUUGGCGCGGUAAGGUUUAAUUUAUAUGGCAGUAGGUUUAUAUAGUUGGUUGAUAUACGUCGUUUGGGAUCUUGUCUAAAAGUACACACGAGUGACCACGAUUGACCACGAGUGAUUUCUGUGUUUAAAAAUCAUAAAAUAAUAAUAUAAAUUAUUUUGAGAUGGCUCCCCAGGGUUUUUGCAUUAUAUUACACUAUAAGUCCUGUUUCUUCACUUUACAUGACAUGAGACGAAAUUUAUUGGACACAUUGACAACACUCUCCUGAAAAUUACAACGUGCUACGUUUGUGCUGAAAGUCCGUUACCAUGGCAACAGCGUGCUUAGGAUAAAACUAAAUAUUCGCCUUUUCCCGGCCAUUUUAAAAAUUCCCUUUGGUAAAUUUUUUUGACUGGGUUUUUCGACUAUUGUACACGUCAGAUGUGAUGAUUGCACACGUCACAUCUCGCAAAAAAUGCGAAAAUUUAAACCUAAAUUUCUCCCUUUUCCUUCGGUAAAACUUUGCACAUUUAAUUAACAAUUAUUCGCCGAAGGCGAGGUGAUUAUCGGGGAAUAUUCGCCGAGACGAAGUCGAGGUGAAUAUUCUCCGAUAAUGGCACCGAGCCUGAGCUAUACGACAAACUCGCGUCUUACUUAAGUUGCGUCUUAUGUAAGUCGCGUCUUAUUUUGUUCCGUAUAAAUGGCCCUAAUGUGUCCAAUCGAAUAAAAUUCGUCUUCAUGUCCAAAGUGAAGAAACAGGACUUUUCUGGAUACUAUAGUAUAGUAUAAUGCAAAAACCCUAGGGAGCCACCUUAAAAUAAUUUGUAUUAUUAUUUUAUGAUCAGUUUUAAACACAGAAAUCACUCGUGGUCAUUCGUGGUCACUGGUGUGUACUUUUAGACAAGACCGUCGGUUGGGGUUUAUUAUUUGAAUACCAUGUCUACCAUGUGCUAACCCCUACGUACCCCCCUCCCCCCAGCCCUGAAAAGACAGCAAAUACAAAACUAUCAAACAUCAAUACAAAUUAAUUAAUUCACCGGAAGCGGAGACUUGCAAGACUACCGAGUACCGGUCACGUUUUGUUGAUUCAGGUUCUUCUGUCUAUAAAUAUUUUUUAUGGGAAAAUUUUGUCAAAGAAAUAAAAAACUUCUCCGAUUACCUAUUAAGCCACGUACUUGCCUGAAGGCAUAUAUACAGUACGUCACAUCUCGCAAAAAAUGCGAAAAUUAAAUCUAAAUUUCUCCCUUUUCCUUCGGUAAAACUUUGCACAUUUCUUAAUAUUGGCUUAACAAGCUAGUCCUUAAACACAGAUAAAUAAAUUCACGUGGUGUUUCCACAAACAAAACUAUUAUAUUAUAAGCUCAACUUCAUCCUUUUUUCUUAAAAGUCUAUUGAAGGCAAAUUUUUUAAUAUUGAUUUGUGAAGUUAUUGAAAUUUUCAAAGGAACGUUCGAUAGAAUUUUUUAAAAUCGAAGAAAAAAUCUUUAUACGAGAAAUAUCUUUUAUGCAGCAAAUUUUAAAAACAUUUACUACCGAAACGAAGGGAAAUUUUAAAUGGUCGGAAAAAGUCAAAUAGUUAUUUCAUCUCCUGGAUUUUUUAUUUGCCUGAAAGUAAAAGCGUGAAAGGUGUAUUGCUUGCAGGGGCGCACAUGAGUUUGGGGCGAUUAAUUAUUUUCUUUAGUUUAAUUUCAAAUUCAAUAUCAAACAUUUCAUUUAAAAACUUUAACUAUAACUGUAUAUAUAAGCGCGCGGUAAACUAAAUUCCUUUAUUCAUUUAUUAGUUCUAGAUAAUCGAAAUACAAUGGUGAAAAAGCAAGUGUUUGAAUUGUUGUCUGCAUUAUGUUUAUACUGUCCCAGAGGAUACUAUCUUGCAAUGGAUGCACUUGAAAAUUAUCGUGUAAGUGGUUAUGUAGGAUAUUGCGAUAUGGUUGCAAAGGUUGAAUCAAAGUAGGCGAUAUUAAUUAAUAUUGUGAAGCUCAAAACUCAAAACAACAAAAGAAAUCAUGAGCGUGAAAGAGUUUGUAUAUCUGAUACAAAAUCAUGCUGAUAUUUAAAUCAAUAUUUUAAAUUCAAUUUUUUCACCAAAUAUAAUUUAUUUAAUGUUUGUAAUGUUACUCUGAGUGUGUAUCCACACCGGGAAAGCUGAAAAGCCGGUGUUUUUUUGUUUUUUUUUGAGCACGGUGAGAAUCGAACCUUUGGCUUUGCUUUGGGAUACUAGUCCAAUGGCAAUGUUCUAUCAACUGAGCUACGUGGUCAAAUCGGUUCGAGUUGGUUAUAUUCCGGAACUGAGUCUAGUUCCUUCGAUAUCAAUGUAUUCUAAGAUAUGAUUAUUUUGUGUGUGUUGGUGUUAUGUACUCAGGUGAAUAUGAUGUUUGUGAUGUUACUCUGAGUGUGCAUCCACACCGGGCAAGCUGAAAAGUUCGCCUGAUCCCGGUGUGGAUGCACACUGUUUGUCACUAAGGGUAACAUUACAAACAUCAUAUAACACAUAUUAACACCAACACGCACAAAAGUAUCAUUCAUUUAUUUUAAAUUGUUGAAGAAUACGAAUGUUCUCAUCAAGACGUUUCACAAGCCAUUUAUAACAUGAGUGCAUGCAUGGUCAUGUUAUAUCGUAUAUAUACAAUACGAGAGCUUGCAUAAUCUGAUACUACACAGACCCCGAUAUUCGAUAAUCACCGAGCUUGAGGCGAAUAAUUGUUUAGUAGUAUUUUUACAAAGUCUUUUGUGUUUUUUUGGGGACUGAAUUCAUUUUAAUUUCGCCUAUUUCCUUCCAGGUGAUCUUGUGUUCGUAUUUCAGCGCUCAGAAAGGGUUGUCCGAAUAUAAAUCCAUUUUGAUGUAUUCAGUCAAUUAUAUCUUUCGUUAUUCUUUAUGAAACUAGUUGAAAUUUUGUAAUUAUGUUUGGUUAUGAGAACUAUAGCUCUGAUAAAAACAUGGAAUCGAAAUAAAGUAUAUUACAGGAGAUAUUCAGUUGUUUUAAUCAUAAAAUGGAUUUCUAUUUGACAACUAGUGCCAGUACUUUUCCGCGUAUCCAGAUCAUCUGGUUGUCAGUAAGUUCCACAAAACGGCUAGCCGCCAUUUUGCAAAUUUCGGUUUGUCAGUAUAUUCACCUGUAGGUGCAUGAAUAUAACAGCUUUUAAGCUGUUAAAAUACCUACGUUAAAUUUGACCAAUCAACUUGGAUUUGUUUUAUUCACUUGUGCAAAAACACUAAAACUCAAUAUUAGAUUUUUUCAUAUGCAUGAUGCCUAUUUAUUUAUUUAUUUAUUAGUUUCACCAUAUUACAAAUAAUACAAUACAUAUAUAAUACUAUAACAAGAAAAAUAUACAUGACUAUACGCAGGGUGACCGCAACAGCGUAAGUACUGCGAGUCCGAAUUAGAACAUACAAACAUAAAAAAACUUAAGAGGCUGAACCAGAGUUAUUACACUAUAGGUACAUAUAGUUUUGAAUGUUCUUGGAUUUUCAGGAUUGUAGGAAAUGUCUAAACUGACACGGAAGUAAUAACUUAGAAUGGUAGAUUUAAAUGAGUUCAAAUUUAUCAUGUUAUAUAAGUUUCAAUUCGUCAGCCAGGCUGCAUGUUCCACACCCUGGUCGAAUUAGAAACGAGCGUUAAUUGAUACGUCGUUGUUUUGCUCCUGGGAAUGACAAACUUAGCUAUGUCCGUGUUUAUAGACAAUCUGGUCGGUCUGGCACUACAGAAACUAAGUUAGAUAUUAUUACCUGCAGAUUGUUCAUAAUCAGUUUAAAGAAAAAAACCAAAUCCAAAAACUCAUGCCUGUAACAUAGUGGAAGUAAUGAUAAGGACUGUAAUCGCGAGGUAGAACUGUCCAGACUGGAAAACGGCAGAUAGAGAAUACAUUUCGUGGCACGUCUUUGAUUUUUUUCCGGCCAGAUCUGGGUGACAUAUCCUAAGUGAGGGCGUACUAAUGUUAAAUACAAUGCCCGUGGGAAUGAACCGUGCGUUCCGUCUGACACUACCUGUAUCUACAUCGGCAAAAUAAAUAACAGACUUUCUUUCAUAUGUAGAAAAAAUUAAACGCAGAUACGCGAUCGACGACAUGGACACUGUCAUCAUAAGAAGUACAAUUUAAAGCCGCUAGUCUGUCCUUUCUCCUCCCCAUGUUACCAGGGCCGCCCAGAGCUUUCGGGGGGCCCGGGGCAAACUACCCUCUUGGGAGAUUUUUUUUUUUGGGGGGGGGCCUUCCACUCCCUAAAAUUUCCUUUUGGGCGGCUCUACAUGUUACUAUAGGGACAAGGAUGUUCUCUGUCGUUUUGAAACUCGCGCAGGGACUGGCGGGACUGGUGCAUGCAGUGUGAGUUAAAGAAAGAUUAUCAAGCCUGUUUCAAACGUCGCGCUUCUCACGUGCCGAACGCAUUAAUAGAAAACAAUAGAUAAUUAAUCAGCUGAAAUGCCUCAUUAUCUAUCUGUGCGUUCGGCACACGAGAAGCGCGACGUUUGAAACAGGCCUUAGUGAUAAAAUAACAAAUAAACAUGCUAAUAAAAAGCACAUAAAUCACACAACUGCAUGCUGUUCGCAUAUAUAAGGAUCCUUGUUUGACAGUCUAUAGGCUGUAUAAAUCUCCGUUUCUACAUCUUUAACUAUGAAUAUUUAUAUGCAUGCUUCCAAACACAAAUGCUGCUGUAUACAGCUAUUUCACUAAAUUAAGGUUGUCCCCAAGCAAAGCGGAAAAGUCGAAUACGAGCGCGAAAGGCUUGCUGGGAAUCACUAAAAAACUAAUGAAAUUUUUAGCGAUUCCCAGCAAGCCUUUCGCGCUUGUAUUCGACUUUUCCGCGCUUUGCUCAGGGACAACCUUAAUUGAAAUAGCUGCAUGUAUACAAUGAAACGAACUAACGUCAUUUCCUCACUCUAAUAGUUGUUGUUUAACCCCCACUUGCUGUUGCACAUUUAUUUUAUUGCUUAGUGAAACCCACUUAAUUAAAAGCGUUUCUGUUCCAAAACGUCUUUUCUCGCAUGACUGAUUUGAUGAUUUCGUUAAAAAAUCUACCAUUUUUCUUAUAUUUGUUUUAGUCGACAAAAGGCCAACGCUAUCGCUUCAGUGUUGUAGUCAAUGAAAUGAAACAUGUGGAAAUCAUUCCGUAUGUGACGUCAUGUGUUGCUUUUGUAAAUGCUAUUAUAAUGUCCACUGAUGAAUUUCAAGAUCGCGUGAAAAUAAGAAAUGAGUUUAUUGGUGAGUUGCAAUGUUGACAAAAUUAAAAUUAACACGAUGGACACCGUCCUCAUUGAUUUUCUCUUAAGAACUAUAAAUAAGGGAUGACAGAAAUAUGUGUGUCUGUUGCAGGCUAUUUUACAUAAAUUUUGCAAUCUCAUUUUCCAGGUCUUGGAUUGUUGGAACAAUUAAAUACACUUAAGUAGGUAUAUUUAUUCCUUUGCAUGCUGAUGCAUGACGUCAUCUUGGCUUGUUACAAAGUGUGGUUCGAAUUGCAGUUGCACGUAUUGAAACCAGGAACAUUUUCUACAAAGGCGGCAGGCCUGAUAGCGCUAUCCACAAGAUAGUGACUUUGAUGACCAGUGUAAAACUUGCAUGAAAAGCUGUGGAAGUACAGGACGAAGUUGCCAAUACUAAACAUUAAUCUAGGUUAUACUAAUCUACGACCGAUUUAGACUGAAGGUUGAAAAUGGCAUGUAUAGCGCUAUCCAGCCGUCGUACAACCAGCCCCAGGAUAAUUGAGCAACACCACUCACUUUAAAGGUUAAAUUUUAGAAAUACAAAUGAGGUGUUCAAACAUUAAAUCUUUUUCAGGUUGAAAAAACUCUGACAUAAAUGUUUUGUAAUAUUAUCAGAAACGAAGAAGAUGAUGAUUUGCUUGUGCAAAUUGAUGUCUUCGAAGAUCAACGUUACAAAGAUGAGGACGAAUUUGGUGGAAUUAAUUUAAACAAUCACAGUGACGUUUUUCAAGCUAUAUUUCAAAAGGUAGGAAAAUAUACUCUAACACGUAAUCCCCAAUUAGUAAUUCUUGAGAAGUGAAGUUACAAAGUCUAACUAUGGUAAAAAGGCUACUAAUAAAAUAAUUAAUGUGGUCAAACACAUUUCUUGAGCAAAGAUUGGGGCCGCUGUAUAUACUUCCUGUUAAACAGGAAAUUUAAUCAAGGAUAUUUGAUGGAGAAUUGUGAAAAUUCAAAUCCCUUUACUAGAUACUGUAGUUCCUAUGCCACACAAAAACUGCGCAUGCGACGUAACCAGCUUCUCGCAAUGAAUUUAAAUAUUCCGAAACUAAUAAUAUAUAUGAAGACUUUAGCUAAAAUCAAUUUUUAUUCAGAAGAUUGGCCAAGUCAGCUUGAAACGUUAGGUAAUGAUUUCGGCACUGCUGAACCAUUGCACGAAUACAUAACAUAUUGAGUGGGGUACAUCUAUUUUUUUUAGAUUUCAAGUAAACCAUACGCUAUGAAUUUUUUAAACAUUCUUCAAUCAUUGUUAACUUUGGAUGAUGAUAAUGAAAUAACUGACCAGAAGUGGGAACUUAUUGAAAACUUGAUAACGAAAAUUUCUCUAACAGAAGAUCUUAACAAGAUGAAUAUGAUAGCAAAAGGUCAAGAUAUGCUUGCUUUGAAGCAAUCCUCUGAUUCUUCUAAAUCUUAUAAUAAAGGAGAUGGACGUACAUCUAGUAAUGCUAACGUUGGUUCACAAACGGAAACUUCCACUCAUGAUAAAUCUACAUCAACUGAUAGCAAGCAAGAUACAAAAUCAGAAAUCUCUUCCGUUCAUGACAUAGCAAGUAAUACAUUGAGUUCAACGACAUCAAAUAUUCCUCCUCCACCGCCUCUUCCUGGUACACCCGAUAUUCCUCCCCCACCACCUAUACCUGGAGUACCUGGAGCCCCUCCCCCACCCCCUCUUCCUGGUGCACCUGAGAUUCCUCCACCACCACCUCUACCUGGAGUACCUGGGGGCCCUCCCCCACCUCCUCUUCCUGGUGCACCUGGAGUUCCUCCCCCACCACCUCUUCCUGGAGUACCUGGAGUUCCUCCCCCACCACCUCUUCCCGGAGCAAUUGGAAUUCCACCUCCUCCCCCUCUUCCCGGGGCACCUGGAGUUCCUCCUCCACCCCCACUCCCUGGAGCACCUGGUAUUCCUCCCCCACCACCUAUUCCUGGGGCACCAGGUGUCCCACCUCCUCCCCCGGGUGUCCAACCCCCUCCCGCAGGUGUCCCUGGUGUUCCUCCACCUCCCGGAAUAGGUAUGGCACCUCAGACAACGUCAACUCCACCAGUCCGACCUAAAACCAAAAUGCGAACAUUACAAUGGGCUAAGUUACCUCCUGUGGUCGUCAAUAAAAAUUACAAGAAUGUGUGGAUAAGAGUCGGGAAGUUAGCGCCAAUUCAAGCCAAGUUUGAACUUGAAGAAGAACUAUUUUGUCAGAAAACUAAAAAAGUGGCUGCUAAGAAAGAUGACAACAAGAAAAAAGAACCUAAAGUGGUAAGUAUUCAAGUAGUCGUUCAAGUAGAUUUAAGAAUAAGAUGGGGGAGAGGAAACUGCUCAUUCCUGGUCCAUAUGAUUUUUCAAAGUAUUCUAUGUAAGUGAACGUAGACUAAUAUAUCUUCAAACGAAACUCUAAUGCAUGUGUUUAAUGUUGCUCUUAUAUUAGAUCAACCUCUUGGAUCCAAAACAGAAUCUAAACAUAAAUAUAUUUCUCAAUCAAUUUAAAAGGUAAAAGGAAUUUUUUCUUAUUAUUUAUAGAUCAAUUUAAAUAGAAUGCGUGUGUCACAGAAAGCUAUGUUCAGAAAUUAUAAUAUUAAUUGUGUAAAUUGCCAUCAACCAUUAUAUUCACUUUCCUUUUGGUUUUCAGACCAAUUGAUAAAAUAGUCGAAAGUAUUCGUGCCGGAGAUAGUAAAGCAUUUGACCCUGAUGCUUUGAAAGGAUUUCUGAAAAUUAUACCAGAUACAACUACGGUAAUGUGUGUGAUAAUUUGUUCAGCAUGAUGAUGCAUGGAUACAUGUAAAAGUUAAUCAGAAUUAACAGAGAUAAAAACAGUAAAGCAUAUGAUGUUCAUGAAUUAUUUUUUAACAAUUUAUAACAUUAUAACUACCAAAACAAUUUUAACUUUGCAACCAGAUUCAUCAAUACAAUUUCUGAACAUCCACCAUUAAAAUUCAGUUUAACAUCUACCACAGGGGUUGAAAAAAUAUUUUUAUUUUCUGGGAUUUCAAUUUGAUGUUGAUAUAUUUCUGUUUCCUUGCUGCUGACCACAACAAAUUCUGGAACCAUGCAAUGGUACGCUACCUUUUCCACCCCUUAUCCACGAAUACAAUUUUUAACAUUUAACACACAAUUCUUUAACAUCAUGCACCAAUACAGUUAUCUGAUAUCAUCAUCAGUACAAUCAUCAUCAGUAUAUCAUCAGUACAAUAUUUAGAAGUACCAAUAUAAUCAAUGUUGAUAAUUUUAAAGGUUGGUAUGUUGAAAGAUUUCAAAGGUGAUAAGAAUAAGCUCGGAAAUGCAGAAAAAUUUCUUCUAGCUUUGAUUGUGGUACCUCACUAUAAACUACGGUUGGAAGGAAUGAUUGCUAAAGAAGACUUUAAAUGCACGGUUGAUAUGCUUAAUGAGAAAAUUGAUAUAUUGCUCCAUGCUACUGAAGGUAUAGAUAUGAUGGUAGUCUAUUUUAAACUUAAUAAAUUUUCAUCUGAAUACAUAUCCGCUUACACCGAACUUGUUUUGGGGACGUCGACUAACAGAUUUCUUACCAUUCGUGGAUUGUUUCGCGAAGGGAAGCGGAGUUUGAAAUUCAGGAUUACAAUACUUUUGAGCGAAAUCUGUGAUAUUCACUAGUCCGCGAUGGGCCACAAUGUGUAUGAAAGUAAGAGAUAAAGCACUUCAGGAAUAAAUCCCGAAGCCUUGUUCUCGAUUACCGCUUUGAGUUUUAAGAUCCUACUGUUGAGGUCAUUGUUAUUUAUUUGUAAUGUGGCUUAGCUCGAUCCAGGAUGUAAACACGAAAUAUACUAUCAACUAUUUGUCCUCUUUUUUUCUAUCAAGAAAUUAUCUAAAAAUUUAGUCAACUGUUCACACUGUUGAUCAACCUGAUACACGGGGCCUUCACCGUAGUAUCAGAUUGAUUGUUGAUCUGAUUUAUUUACAAGAAAUGGUGAAACUGGGUCAUCUUGCGAUAUUUGACUUUUCUCUUCACUAGAUAUUCUGAACAACGAAGUUCUACCUGAGAUUCUUCAUCUCAUAUUAACCAUCGGAAACUUCAUGAACUCGGUAAGAGACUUGUCAAAAUAUACUCUUAAAAGUUUCUUAGUAAUACUAAAUACGUUAGGACGCAGUUUGUAUGUGCUUCAAAAACUUUAUCUGGGGUUUGGUGAAUUAAUAGAGCUUAAGACUUGUGCUUUAUUCUGUAUGGAUGUUGUGCUUUAUUCUGUAUAUGAAUGUUCAGGAAUGACAUGUUGAUAGCAAUACAUAGCAUUGUUGUUUUUUUUCUCAGGGUGGUCGAGCUGGCAACGCCAUUGGAUUCACAAUCAACUCGCUGACAAAACUGGUCGAUACAAAAGCCAACAAACCCCGGAUGAAUCUGAUGCACUUCUUAGUGGAGGUAAAAUUUACUUGCAGAUUUAUAGAUAUAGAACAUUUUAGCAAACUACAGAGCUGUCAUAUAUAUAUAUGACUGCAUUGAUAUGUUGCCUUCAUCAGCAACUGUAUAAUUUUUCCUUUUGUACUUAGGUUGCAGAAGAAAAACGGUCAAGUGUUUUGUCAUUUUCAGAAGCUAUGAAAUAUUUGCAAGAUGCUUCAAAGUAUUUGAUACAAGUUAUAUUCCUAUUGCGUUUCGCAUGAUAUGCAAAUUUGGCUUUCCUUUGACCGAUUUUGGUGUAGCUACGUAUCUAGUCCUGUUCUUUUGAACAGAAACAAAAUCCACCACAACCAUAGCGUCAUUAUUGAAAUUUGUGUACAAUUUGUGCCUCUUUUUCAAUACUUUAAAUUCAUCAGCCACAUGCAUUAAACCACGAUUAACCAAGGCUAUUUUACAAUAGGCUCAAUGUUGAUAACCUCUCUGGUGAACUAUCCACACUACGCAAAAGUCUAAGUUCAUUACAAAAAUCAAUGGAAAAAGGAGAUAAAGAUGUGAAAAACCAACUGAGUACUUUUCUUAAGGUAUAAUUUUAUUUCUAGUUUGUUAUGCAAAAUAUGGCAACAAAUUAUCUUGAAAGUGAAAACAAUAAGCCGUCCGUCAUCUUGGAUAGCUUAUCAUGCAGGACGGCAACAUCACGACAACACCUAUUAAUACAAUGAAAUUCAUAAUAUUUUAGUAAAAAAGGAAUAAUUAAAAUCCCAAAGGAGAUUUAGGAGUCAUCCUCGUUCUGUUUACAACGGAAAACAGCAGAUAUUUACUUUUUGUGUACAUGCAGCGCCCUGUAUUUGAAGCUGCGAAAAAUGGAACUCAGCGAACUGAAGUAAAUAUCUUCUCAAGCAUAACUAAAAAACCUCCUUCCUCAAACUGUAUUGAAUUCACAACUUUCUUAUACGAUUGAUAAGUGAUACAACAGCUUUGAGAGGUAAUGAGAAGUGAUUCGAUAAAUUAGCAUUACACCAAUUUUACCAAUUUCUUCAAUACUUUGGGAAUUCAAAUUUCUUUUCCUCUCACUGUUAUUAUUAUGGAGGUUCAGAUUUGACUUCCACUACCGCUACCAUUAACCAAUCAGAUGCGUUUAAUCUACCCGAUUAACUAAUUAAAUGCGGAAUAUUAAGCCAGUAAGAGGUAGUGGUUGUGGAUGUCAAAUCUGAACAGGUCUGUUAUGGAGUCGUCUAUACCACGGCGGUACAGUUAUAGAGCUGAAACCUAUGUUGCUUUUUCCACUACAGGGUGCUUUAAAAGAAGUGGAAAACGUUGAACAAAAAUUGAAACAACUUAGUCAAUUAAAACAAGACCUUGCUGACUAUUUUUGUGAAGAUGAAAGCAAGUUUAAAUUGGAAGAUCUUCUGCAGAUCUUUAAGACAUUUUGUAAUCAUUUGGAUAAAGCUAAAGAGGUAUGAUAGAUUAUGAAUUUUAAAGUUAUAACUAGCACAUGUGUUGGUGCUGGUGCCAUAUAUUCAAGUGAGUGAAUGCCUUUCAACAUCAAUUGACAGCAACAACUGAUCAAAUUUAGAACUGUGUCUAGUUCCAUGCAUGUGUAUACUGAACUCCACUACCUCUGUAUGUAGACCAUUUCAAUAACCGAGAUGGAUUUAAAUAUUCUUUUCUGCUCACUGAUCUUAACAAUCUUCUUGGCCUCCUUUUCAGGAAAAUGAACUACGUCGCAAACAAGAAGCAAAACAAGCAGAACGAGAGAGAAGAAAGAAAGAAGCGGAAAGUAAAGGGAAAAACAAAAUCAAAGGAAAACCAAAACCAGUGAUACAAGAAGAAGAAUGUAUUAUUGAUACUUUACUGAAGGAAAUAAGACAAGGAUUUCAGUUGAAGAAACGAAAACUAUCCUCUGUUGGUGUUGUUUCACCUGACCUAAAUAGAAAACUUUCUAGAGUGUUACAGGAAGGAAAACCUGCUGGGAAUGUCAUAAAGGAAUCGGAAAACGAACAUGGUAAGCACUAUAUAUUGUUGCAUGUUGGUCCUAUGCAGCAAUAAACGUUUAAUAAAAUAUUAAUGUUGAAUAUAAUUGUUAUAUUAACAAUUUGGGGCCAAGAAUGAUAAAUAUAACGUUUCUAAAGUACCUUAUCAAUAUUUUUUACGACUGUGGAAUAUGUAAAAAUCUUCUCAUCUUGAUUUCUUUUGUAUAGAGGAAAAAAUUCCUGAGGAAGAACCAUGUGAUGCAAAUAAGCCUUCUGAAACAGGCGAGAAGAAAGUUUUAGAUAUAAACCAAAUUCAUUUAAUAAACGAUUCAACUGAAGACAAGAAACACGGAGUAAAUGGGUUGCCAAACCAAACGGAGCGAACUUCAUCGAUGAAUGGAACUAAAAUUUCGAAAGACAAGAAUGAAAUACGUAAUGACGUAAACGAUGCUUGCGCAAGUAGCAAUGACGUGCGUGAAAACGUUGAGAACGUGCAUGAAUCGAACUGUGAUAGCACACAUAAAAUGUGUAAUGAAAACGCCGCCACGAACGAACUCUGUCUUAACGAAGAGAACAUAAAGAAAACGCGUAAAAAUGGUGUUCACGCUUAUGAAACGAUUCCAAACGGUGAGAUAAAAGAAAUAACAGAUACAAGAAAAACACACAGUGAAUACAUGCAACAGAAUGGGAUACCAGAACGUAAUGGUGAGCAUCAAAAUGGUUUACAGUCUAUAGUGAAGAUAACUAGCGUAUAAAUUAUUAUUUGGUUAAUCGGGUACCAGUACCCUCCAACAUUAUUCAAACACUGAGUGAGUAGGAGUGUUUUAUUAGAUAUAAAACGCGAGGCGCAGCCGAGAUGAUACAUGAUAUUUUAAAUAUAUAUAUAUAUAUGGAGCAAGAAGAGUCAUUAGAAAGUUUAAGCUUCGCGUUAUACGUCAAACGGCAAAUGCCAGGCAAAGAAAAAUUUUACGGUAUCUGGCAAGAAAGAGUAAAUGAACUUGCUGUUUUAAAAUUGAAAUAGCCUAAUAAUUCUUUCGACGCAAGAAAGAAAAUAUGAAACGAAAACGUUCAACGAAAAUUUUGCCAAGAAAGUUCGAACCUGCCGUUUGCCGUUCCCGGAAACGUGAAGCUUUAAACUCCCUAUUCGGCCUAUGAGGAAAGGGAAGCCAAGAUGGUGGAACUGCUAUGAAGGUCGUAAACAGUUGUAUACCAUUUUUCCAUUCCAGCUAAAUCCAGUUUUUUCUAAAGGACCGUAACGCUAAUGGAAGUCAAACUCCUGACAGCUUCGUGUUCGACCGCGGAGACAGAAACAAUAGAAAGGGCCUGGGUUGACGUCCAAUAGCUCUUCAAAUUCCGCCAUUUUUGGCUUCACUUUUUGGACUCGAGUUCUCGCUCCAGAUAUAUAUCGAGCUCGCUGUAUUCAAACAGCGUAUGACGCAAUACUGUAUUUCAAAUAUGCUAAAUGGGCUAUAACACGCUAUAUUUUUAUCCACUUUGCUUUAUAUCCCACUCCUGAACCCCGAUGUUUAUAGUUUACAAUAACUAUUGUAAAUCCAUGGUAAACGAAUCUUGUCUAAAUACUAGUCAUAUCUAAACAAAUUAAACUGCUCGUAUAUAGGCCUACUUUUUACAAAAUAAAACACGACGUUUAUGUAUUGUCUUUGUUUUCGUAUGGAUUUUAUACUUACAAAAUCGUUGUGUUUCAGUAAAACUAAUAAACUGAUUUUUAUGCAUGCGUGUCCGAAAAAUAACGCGAUAUAGCCCCUUUAUCCUCCAUUAAGAUACAGCAUGCAAAUUGUAUAAAUGCUAAUUAUUUGCAAUCAUUGACAUGUUUUAAAAUAGAGAAUCAAAGUAGACGUAAAAUUUCCAAAAUGUUUAUUGAGGAACUAUAGACGUGAAACAUUGAUUAAUCAGUACAAAAUAAUAUUUACAUGAGAGUUGAUCAGUCUAUUGAGCUUUAAGAUAAUAUGUAUAAUAUUUAUAAUUAUAUAAUACAAUAGAGAACAAUGUUGUGUUUUAUAGAUUUGUAUAUAUGUGGGUUAGCGUGGGUAUGCAGUUUGAAACAAGGCCAUUCAUCAUUAACAAAAUGUCAAAAUCCCGCAAAGUUUCAGAAAUUAAUUAUUAUAGUAGUGACUUCUCCAACUUCACGGAAGGCCCUUGACUUUAAAAAGCAUGGUAUACGCCUGAAAAUCCUUAGAAAAUCCCUAAAAAUUCCUAUCAGACUAUCAGUUUCUAAAAAAAUACUAUGAAAUCGUCCACCAAAAUCCUUAAAAAUCCCAUAGGAUUUUGGAAAUUCCAAAAAUCUGAAACAUUUUUUGGAGUGAUACACCCCUCGGUCUGAGUAGAGGGUGAAACAUAAUUGCAACGCAAUCACACCGGACGUGACGUGGUAACGCCUAAUAUGUGUUACGAGUAUACUUCGAAACCUGAUAAAUCAAGCCAAAGGAAGCCAAAGGGCUUGAUUUAUCAGGUUUCGAAGUAUACUCGUAACACAUAUUAGGCGUUACCACGUCACGUCCGGUGUGAUUGCGUGGCAGCGUGGGCUACAAUGCAAAUUUGUCAUAAUAGUGUCUGGUGCUACAUUAACAUCAUCUAGAAACUACCUGAUCUAUCACAAACGUAUGCAAUCUUGCGGUAGACGAUAUUUUACAUAACAAUAUCGGGAACGAGUUCUGUUCGCCUUUUAAUCCAUUUUUCUGUUCGUUGCCAACAACCUUGGUCCAAUAUGAUCCAUGGCCAUGCCCAUGGCAGCACAUAAACAGUCCUGGCAAUUGAUGUGUUUUCAUCCACCUUCCUUUACCAAAUAUUUUGUGGAUCCAUUCCGUACUCUCCCUAUUUAUAAGAUGAUUUGUAUACUUUGUCUCGCUAAAUGUCGUGAGAGUCCAUUGGAGGAUCCACGUUCAUAUUGACUAUACAAGCUCGUCCCUUUCCUGUCCAUAAAUUAUUAUGAAUAUAAUUAGGAAUGGUAGGAGUCACAUUGUAUAACAGUCUGUUCUUUUUUAUUCUCACUUUGCUCAAAUAUGAUCUGUGUGAAACUUCCAAUGAAACUUUGAUAAACCAAGUGUUCGCUGCGGUGUAGAACACGAGGGAAAGGAAAAAUACAGCGAGCGGAAGAUAAUCCAUAAAUAGAAUUUCAUUUAAAUGAAAUCGCGACGUCACAAUUAGUGUAACCAAUGGGAAAAUAGCACGUAACAACACAGCAGAGAGACUGGUAACCAGGCUAGACUUGAAAUACAGUGUACUUGGUUCAGGCACUUUUAGAAUUCUCCAAAGUUUAUCCAUUUUGAAAAAUGCGGUAUGCGCUUCAACAACUAACCCCAUAGUUGCCAAUAUCGUAUUUUGUCUAUAUACCAGAGUUGAUGCGUACAAGAAAAUAGCUACUAAACGUAACACAUUCGUUAUUUUUGAAUGUUUUGAUGUCUUAUCUGGGUCACAGGCAUUCUGAAGUAUUUUAAAGAUUUGCCAACCAACAGCAACUGAAAAAACAAUAAUCAAACUUGGACUAGCACUCAAAAAUGGUUGUUGUAACACGUCGCUUACAAACAGUAAGAUCAUUCCAGUCAAUAAUGAAACUCCAGUGAACAUUACAUCCAGAUACCUACAAGAAAAUAAAAAUCUUCUGUUGAAAUACUUUUCUGUACUAUCCUUAGUAUCCUAACUACACGUAUCUGUGCCAAUUAGCCUUUCUCACGAUGACGAAUAUCCGCCAUUUUUGGGUGGCAUCUAUAUAAUUCUCGUUAACCAAUGCACACAAUUAAAACAAUGUGAAAAUCAAUUUUUCAGAAUAAACUAACCAUUUGCAAAGCAAAUUUACC